UGCAUCACUACCAAAGAGUUGCGAACAGUUAUGCCUUCUCUAGGACAAAACCCAACAGAGGCUGAGCUCCAAGACAUCCUUGAUAUGAUCAACGAGGUUGACGCUGAUGGAAACGGAACCAUCGACUUUCCCGACUUCCUGAACCUUAUGGCUAAGAAGAUGAAAGACACUGACUCAAAGGAAGAGCUAAAAGAAGCAUUCAGGGUUUUCGACAAAGACCAGAACGGUUUCAUCUCCGCUGCUGAGCUAUGCCAUGUGAUGACCAAUCUCGGUGAGAAGCUGACUGAUGAGGAAGUCGAAGAGAUAGUCCGUGAGGCUGAUGUUGAUGGAGAUGGUCAGAAAAACUAUGAAGAGUUUGUCAAGAUUAUGAUGGCUAAGUGAUGGAUGAUGAUGAC